AGACACCUGACCUCUAUUUUAAUCAGCCAAUCAGGACUGGAGUUGGUAAUUUUGAUCUGCCUAUAUGUACCUACUGCUUCCUAUGCAAUUGUCACAACAAAAUUCUCAGAGGUGCAUCCAAGCCAAGAGAAACAUGGUACAAAAAUCGAAUCCUCCCGUGAAAAGAGCUUCGAGAUCUCCUUACGUGAAACCUCCCUUCACUCUAAGCGAUGUUAAGAAAGCAGUUCCGCCUCAUUGCUUUGAGCGUUCGGCGAUUCGCUCUUUGUCAUACCUUGUCUUCGAUGUCAUCAUCUUAUUUUCUCUUUACCACAUCGCCGCAAACUAUAUCUUAGCUUCUGAAUUCUUUCAGUCUUCUAAAUUAUAUCUUGUUACAGCCGGGAUUAUAUAUUCGGUGCUUCAAGGUCUGAUUCUAGCUCGAUUUUGGGUCAUAGGUCACGAAUGCGGACACAACGCUUUCAGUGAGUACCAAUGGCUCGACGACACAGUCGGAUUCAUCACCCACUCUGUCGUCCUCUUUCCUUACUUCUCUUUCAAAUUCAGUCACCAUCGCCACCACUCGCGAACUGGAUCCCUAGAAGAAGAAGAGUUUGAUAUCCCUCUUCUAAAGUCUCAAGUUUCAUUCGUGUUUAAAUACCUCAGUAAUCCUGUCGCAAGACUUUUCGUUAUUGCCUUAGUUUUGGUUGUAGCGGUGCCUCUAUACUUGCUUGUCAACUUCCGUGGUCGAACUUAUGACCGAUUUGCCUCCCAUUUUGACCCAUACAGUCCCAUGUUUUCAUCAAGACAACGGGCUCUCGUCUUACUUUCGGAUGCUGGAUGUUUUGCAGUCAUCUAUGCAGUAUACAAAGCUGCUAUGUUGAAAGGGUUCGCAUGGGCUGCUUUCAUCUACGGAGGACCUUACCUUUUCACAAACGCUAUGCUUAUCAUAGUUGCAGUACUUCAACACACGAACCCUCUCGUACCUUACUAUGAUCACUCCGAGUGGGAAUGGCUAAAGGGAUCCAUGGCCACCAUUGACAGAGAUUUCGGAAUUCUCAACACGGUGUUUCAUCAGCAACCGAAUACUCACGUAGCGCACCAUCUCUUCCCGAAGAUGCCACACUACCAUGCAGUGGAAGCCACCAAAGCAUUUAAACCAGUGUUGGGAGACUACUAUCAGUAUGAUUUUACCCCAUUCUAUAAGUCACUGUGGACUACUCUGAAAGAUUGUGUCUACGUUGAGGAAGAUGAGAAGAACAAAGGAAUAUAUUGGUAUAACAAUAAGUUUUGAGUAAAAAUGCUCAAAUCUGAGUGUCGUCUGGUACUGUGUAAUGCUUUAAGUUGGUUUCUGUUCAUGUUUCAGUUCUCUUACGUUGUACUGUGAUUGCUGUUAUAAAUUAAAUCCGGUCUCUUUACCGUUUUUUCA